UCUGAUUUCCUGUUGAUCCACAGCAUUGAGGUGAUCCUGAGCAACCAAUGCCGAGAAACAACCCUGUUGAGGAGGCUUCAACCCGGUUCUUCUUUUUCACACGAACUCCCAAAAGACAUCAUGGCUCUCGCUGGAAGGAUAUUGGCCCGAAAUUGGGCUCAGAGCAGCCGUGUAGCCGGAACGAGAAACUGCUACACACACUCUAGAAUGAAUCUUCAACUUACCAGUGAAACAAGAGUUAUAUGUCAAGGCAUCACUGGCAAGCAGGGAGCCUUCCACACUGCACAAGCCUUGGAGUAUGGCACCAAUAUGGUUGGAGGAGUCACACCAGGAAAGGCUGGCCAAACAGCCACAGGUCUACCAGUCUUCAAUAACUGCAAAGAGGCCAAGGAGGCGACAGACUGCGAUGCCACUGUCAUCUACGUCCCACCUCCUUUUGCCGCUGCCGCAAUCCUGGAGGCCAUAGAGGCUGAGAUCGGUCUGGUUGUCUGCAUCACAGAAGGCAUCCCACAGCAAGAUAUGGUGCGCAUCAAACACCGUCUCACUAGGCAAAGCAAGACACGACUGAUAGGGCCCAACUGUCCUGGAAUUAUUAAGCCUGGUGCAUGUAAGAUUGGAAUUAUGCCGGGCCAUAUUCACAAACCCGGAAAGAUCGGCAUUGUGUCUAGAUCGGGUACACUCACCUAUGAAGCAGUUGCUCAGACCACAAAUACAGGCCUCGGACAAUCUUUGUGUAUUGGAAUCGGCGGUGAUCCUUUUAAUGGAACCAACUUUGUGGACUGCCUGGAUGUAUUUCUUCAAGACCCUGCGACUGAAGGGAUUGUUCUCAUCGGAGAGAUUGGAGGCGGGGCUGAGGAGAAAGCAGCAGACUUCCUCAAGGCCAAUAAUAUGGGAGCCAACCGUAAGCCCGUUGCAUCAUUCAUCGCUGGUCUGACAGCACCACCAGGACGAAGGAUGGGUCACGCCGGAGCCAUCAUAGCAGGAGGAAAAGGAGGAGCUGAACAUAAGAUAGAAGCUCUGAGGGACGCUGGAGUAGCAGUAACGAUGUCACCGGCACAGAUGGGUGUCACCAUGCUCAAGGAGAUGGAAAAAGCCGGCAAAGUUUGAGGUUCAUGUGAUUGAAUGUCUGCAAGAUGAAACCACACUACUACUAUA